UUUAAUAUUGUAUUAUCGAUAAUAUGGCAUAUAAUAUGGCACAUACUUCCCAUUCGCUGUAUUAAAUAUUAAUAUUAUUAUUAUUUAAUUACUAUUACCACUCGCCUGUGGUAGUGUAGUCGCGUCUAUAGAGUCGCGUUACUCGUUACUCGUCAAUAUCAUUUUAAACUGAUUACUGUUUCUCUGUUAGUCUCUCUUGUUCUCAUUGUCUUUUGUCAUUGCUUACCCCCUUGUGUCUACGCUCUCGACUCUACUUUACGCCUGUACUGUUGAUGUCUACUGCUAACGUAUUUUUACUAUAAUGUGUUCAAUCAUACAUUUUUUGGACGAAAAUACCGUGGAAACUGUACCAAGCAAAUGGUUUUUAAAAAAUAAAUGUGCCUGGCCCAAUAAUAAAAGCAAGCGACAUAUUGCAGAUAAAUCUUAUCCGAUCCCACAAUGUUUUAAGUGGUAUAAAGCUCGGGCAUUAUUAACGGACCUAGAACCAUUCUCUGAAGCGAAUAGAAAAUGCAAAAAAUCUUUAUACACAACCAAUUUAUCCUCUACUGAAACAGAAAAUGAAGUUAUGAACAAAAAUCAAAAAAAACCUAAAGAAAUGUUACAGUAUAAUUUGACAAAGCGUAAAAAAAUAAAAUUGACUGGAUACAAUGACAAUGACAAAUUUUCAGACAAUGAUACUGCAGACGAUGACGAUAACACAGUUCUUAAAGUACCAUCAUACGAGUCUGGUAAAAUAUCGAAUUUUUAUUUUAUUAUACCCCUUAAGUGGCCUCCAUACCAACAUUUGUUUUCUUACGCUUAAUAUAUAUAGGAACAU